CCCCCCGGGGGCGGGGCUGCGCGUUGAAGCCGAAGCGCGGCGGUGCGGGGCGGGGCUGUGCGAGCAGCGGUGCGGGCUGAGCGGUGCGGCGGUCAGCGACUCUUGUGCUCGGGGCCGGGCUGUCAGUAGCACGCUGUUCCUCGGUGCGUUCGCCGAGCUCGGCGAUAUGUUGCAGGCGUCUUGCUGCAGUCGAAUUUACUUGUGAGUUUUGGAAAGCGUGCAUGGAGGAAGUUUCCUGCUAACCCAGCACCCGUUCCUUUGGGUAUCGUCUCCGCGUUCUUAUUGACGUUCGGGGAGCGGCGGUGCGCUCAGCGCGGCCGUUUUUUUACCGAAAAGCUGAAGGCAUCCGUUCAUUUUACAUCUGGAGUCGGUUUUCAGAAAGAAGAGAGAGUUAUGUCAGCACUGAGUUGGAAGCCCUUUCUCUAUGGAGGCUUAGCAUCAAUCACUGCAGAAUGUGGUACUUUCCCAAUUGAUCUGACUAAAACACGUCUACAGGUUCAAGGUCAAGUUAACGAUGCCAAAUAUAAAGAAAUCCGCUACCGUGGAAUGAUGCAUGCCCUGGUCAGAAUAUUCAGAGAAGAAGGAUUGAAAGCCUUAUACUCUGGGAUUGCGCCUGCAAUGUUACGCCAGGCUUCAUAUGGAACUAUAAAAAUAGGCACCUACCAGAGCUUAAAAAGAAUGUUUGUUGAACAUCCAGAAGAUGAAACUCUGAUGAUAAAUGUUCUAUGUGGCAUUCUUUCGGGAGUAAUUUCAUCAUCUAUUGCCAACCCAACAGAUGUCUUAAAGAUCAGAAUGCAAGCCCAAGGCAGUGUGAUUCAAGGAGGAAUGAUGUGCAACUUUAUUCAGAUCUAUCAAAAUGAAGGAACUAAAGGAUUGUGGAAGGGGGUAUCUCUGACAGCACAGAGAGCUGCUCUAGUUGUUGGAGUGGAAUUGCCAGUAUAUGACUUCACCAAGAAGCAAAUAAUCAUGUCUGGAUAUAUGGGAGACACAGUGUAUACUCACUUCCUCUCGAGUUUUACUUGUGGGCUAGCUGGAGCCCUAGCAUCCAACCCAGUUGAUGUGGUGAGAACACGCAUGAUGAAUCAGGCAAGCCAGCCAAAUGGGGGCCACUCAAACUACAAGGGUACUUUGGAUUGCUUGUUACAAACCUUGAAGAACGAGGGCUUCUUUGCUCUCUAUAAAGGGUUUUGGCCAAACUGGUUGAGACUUGGUCCUUGGAAUAUCAUUUUCUUUGUGACAUAUGAACAGCUGAAGAAAUUAGACUUGUGAUGUCCUGACACAUACACUGAAUUCAGCUCACUGGCUUUAGAGCAACUUGCAAGUUACCUUGAUUAGAUCCAAGGAAGAGG